GAUUAUCUCUGUUUUUUCUAUAUAAUCGAUUACUUAGCAUUAAAGAGCCACGUAUUUCUAAUUUCUCUGAACGCACACAGCUCGAACUAACAGAAGAAAAACUGCAUAUACAUAAUUAAAUCUUCUCUUUUCUCUGCACAUUGAUCAUAAAAAGGUCUGUACCUGUCAAUUCAUUACAUACGAACAGCAUCUGCAAAUACAGAACAAUGGCAGACAUCAACCCCUACCUGUGGAUUGUGGUCGUCGGCGCCUUCGUGUCGUUUCUCACCGGCGCCGGCGUCGGGAUGAACGACUUGGCGAACGCUUUCGGCACCACCUACGGCGCCAGGAUUCUCACCUUCUCUCAGAUUGUUAUUCUCGCCUCAAUUUGCGAGUUUGCUGGCUCCGUCUCGCUUGGCGGCGAGGUGACCUCCACGAUUUCGGGCGGCAUCGCUAAUCCCGGCGACUUUAAGGGCAAGCCUUACGUUUUCAUGUACGGCAUGCUCUGCGCGUGUGGGGCGGCCUUCUGCUGGCUUGCCGUCGCCACCUGGCUGCGCCUCCCCGUGUCGUCGACGCACAGCAUCUGCGGUGGUGUGCUCGGCUUUGCGCUCGUCUUCGGUGGUGGAGACGCGGUAAACUGGGCCGCGAGGAAGGACGACUUCCCGUUUGUCAGCGGUGUUGCGCCGAUUAUUGCGUCGUGGUUCAUUUCGCCUCUGCUCACUGGUGCGGUGUCUGCUCUCGUGUACGGCACCGUACGCUUCUUUGUGCUCCGCCCUGCGAAUGCGGCGAAGCGUGCCAUGUAUACCCUGCCCAUCAUUGUCGCCGUCGCGUUUUUCCUGGAGUCCUUCUUCGUCCUCUACAAAGGUGCGUCAAAGCGUCUCCACUGGUCGGUCGACAAGGCCGCCUGCGUCGCCGCGUGCAUCGGUGGCUGCGCGGGUCUGAUCUCCUGUGCCUUCAUUCCUCUCUUGAAGCGCCUGGUGGCACGUGACGAGGCACGCGCGCUUGCGGCGGCAUCAGAGCAGCCGAACGGCGCUGAGAACAACAUUGAGGAUGGACUUAAGCGCGAGCCGACUGCGUUGGAGGAGGCUCCCAAGCCGAAGGAGGUGACGGGCGAUGUCGUGACCGAGUCGGAGUCCUCGGACGCGGAGGCGCCGCAGGAGAACCGCAUCACCGGUGCGAGCGGGCUCGAGGUGCAGGUGUACGACUCGCGCGCCGAGCGUGUGUUUCGCUACUUGCAGGUCUUCACCGCCAUCUGCGCCUCGUUUGCACACGGCGCCAGUGAUGUCAGUAACGCGGUGGGCCCGCUUGCCGCCAUCUACCAGGUGUACCAGAGCAGCGACGUUUCGAAGAACACCUCUGUGCCGAUUUGGGUGUUGUGCCUCGGUGGUGCGGGCAUCGUGGUGGGCCUGGCCACGUUUGGCAUGCGCCUGAUGCGCCUGCUGGGUGAGGACCUCACCGUCAUCACACCGAGCCGCGGCUUCUCGGCGGAGCUGUCGGCGGCGUUGGUGGUGUCGUUUGCCUCUGGCUACGGCAUUCCCGUCUCCUCCACACACUGCAUCACCGGUGGUGUUGUCGGAAUCAGCGUGGUGGACGUGAGCUUCCUCAACAUCCGUUGGAUGAUGGUGCUGAAGAUGUACGCUGGGUGGGUGUUCACGCUGGUCAUCACCGCCAUCAUCUCUGCCACCUUCUUCACUCAGGGUAUCAACGCACCGUCUCUGUAG